GAUAACCUUGAUCAAACCAGCAUGACAAUCACAGCGUAGUGUACGACCAGACGCUGGACGAGGAGGACGUUGUGCGGGGUGACUUUCACAGCUACAUCCAUCCAUCCAUCCACCUUCUACAGUCAUCUUCAAAACAUCAACAGGCAUAAUGGAUGCAAUGCCACCCCUAGAGAACUUCAUUGCUGGGACGAUGGUGCAAUGCAAGCGUCUACUGGACUCCUAUGAUCCUAGCACUGGGAAAGUUUGGGCCAAGAUACCAGACUCGUGCAUGCUUGAGGUUGAGGCUGGUGUGGCAGCUGCCAAGAGGGCCUUUCCAAAAUGGUCAAGUCUGUCUGCUCAAGCGCGUGCAAACCACCUCUUGAAGGUGGCGGAUAUUCUUGAAUCACGGCUGGAAGACUUUGCUAGGGCAGAAUCCAAGGACCAGGGCAAACCUGUGUGGCUUGCUAAGAUUAUGGAUAUUCCCAGGGCAGUGCUUAACCUCAGACACUUUGCCCACACCAUUCCUCACCAACUCAACACGUCAAAUAUGCAGCCAGAGGCAGGUGUUGUGAACUACACCAUCAGAGAGCCUGUGGGUGUAGCUGGUCUUAUCAUUCCGUGGAAUCUGCCACUAUAUCUCUUGACUUUCAAGCUUGCUCCAGCCCUUAUGUGUGGCAACACUGUUGUUGUUAAACCAUCAGAAAUGACUUCUGUUACUGCCUACAUGUUCUGUAAAAUUCUCGAAGAAGUUGAUUUCCCUGCUGGUGUAGUGAACAUGGUAUUUGGGCUCGGUUCAUCUGCAGGGGAAGCUCUUGUAAUUCACCCUGAUGUUCCCCUAGUGUCCUUUACUGGCUCUACAGUCACUGGAAGACACAUUGCUGAAGUCGCUUCUCCCAUGUUCAAGAAAUUAUCGCUUGAAAUGGGUGGCAAAAACUCAGCUGUGGUGUUUAAUGACUGCGACUUGGAUUCUUGUAUUGAGGCACUUAAGCGAGGUUCUUUCACCAAUCAAGGAGAGGUGUGCUUGUGUACCUCCAGAAUAUUUGUUCAGCAACCACUCUAUGAAGAAUUCUUAGAUAAGUUUGUGGAAGUUACAAAGGAGCUGCAGGUAGGAGACCCAUCAGAUGAUGACAUGUUCAUGGGAGCCCUCAUCUCAAAAGCUCACCUGGAUAAAGUUCGCAGUUAUGUUCAUUAUGCUAUUGAAGAUGGUGGUACAGUUCUGUGUGGUGAGGGUGUGGAUCUUUGUAUUCUUCAAGAGGAGAACAGAAAUGGAUAUUUCAUGAGACCAACUGUUAUCGUAGGAUUGGAUGAUAAUUCUCGCUGCAUGCAAGAAGAGAUUUUUGGACCUGUGACAUGUGUUGUUCCUUUUACCACCGAGGAAGAAGUAAUUAAUCGUGCCAAUAAUACACCGUAUGGUCUUUGUGCAUCUGUCUGGACUUCAAACCUAGGAGUGGCACACCGUGUAGCUCACAAACUUAAGGUAGGGACUGUGUGGACAAACUGCUGGCUUGUGCGAAGCCUUGAUAUGCCUUUUGGAGGAGUCAAGAACAGCGGGAUGGGACGUGAAGGCACUCAGGACUCUCUGGAAUUUUUCACAGAGUGCAAAACAGUUUGCACAAAAAUCUCUUAGUGUAAAAAAUAAUUUUUUUUAACCUAUAUAUUCAUUUAAUUAGUGUACUCAUAUUAAAAACAAAAUCUGAAGUACAGUACAUGAAUUGUUUCUUAAAUUUUUUUGUAAUUAUGUAUUGUAACAAUUUAAAAAAAUUUUGUUUAUUUUAUGAACAUUGACAUUCUGCCAGGUAGAUUUUGCCAUAGAAUGUUGAAAUAACAUUACAGUACAGUACUUCUAAAUGAUAUAGCUUUGUAUUAUUGAUACAAGUUUUUUAUUGUUAGGAUGUAAAAUUAUCAAAUUGUAAUUCAAAAUGAGGCAGAAAAUUACCAGAAUUUGCUAGAAUGUUAUUUGCUGUUAUACUACCUACAUUUUAAUAUAUAAUUAAUUUAGCAUAUCAUUAAUAUAAUCAUAAUUAAUUUAAUAUAUAAUUAAUAUGAACUAAAUGUAAAAAAAUUCAGAAGAGGGGUAAAG